AGUCCCGCAUCACAAUAUUCGUUUUCGCGCUUUUUUUUUGCCAAACAAUUUCCGAUUUCCAAUUUAGAACGAAAAUGUCGCUUAAAAAGGCUCUCGAUGAUUGCCUGAUUGAUUUCGAUCGCCGUGUGCUGGUCACCGAUCUCCUGGAGGAGUACAAACUGCCCUACAAGGAGGUGAACGAUGUGCUGGAGGCCUACAUCAAAACGCAGGAACCAAGCACGAAGUUUGAGAAGAGAUUUCUGGUUCACGGCAAGCGUAAAACGCAAGGAUCCGAUUCCGUCGAGGAGCUAUACUCCGUGGUGCAGGAGAGCAAGCUGAAGGAUUGGCUGGCGAAAGUUCAGGAUGCCGAGUCGCAGCUCUACAGCGUGGAAAUCGCCGGGGGCUCCAAAUCGCCAGCUGCAAUUUUCAAGCCCAUGCAGCACUUGGAGGUGAAAUUGGCCAAAGUGGAGCAGCGUCCUGGAGCGGAAAAGACUGUUCCCAUUUCAAAUGGUGCGCCCCUCACCAAUGGCGUCAAAUCGGAGUCCUCCAAGUCAGGGGCUUCAAAGCCAGAUUCCACCAAAUCUUCGGUGAAAGUGGAGCCUUCAAAAACUUCGCUCAAAGCAGAAAAACCAAAGGCAGAGGUCGAAAAACCUGCAGCCAGCAAGGGAAAACCCUCUCCGGAAUCCAAGAAGACCUCGCCCAAGGAAAACGCCUCCAAAGCUAAGCCUGCAGCAGCCAAGAAGGGCAGCAUCAAUAGCUUCUUUACAGCAGCGGCCAGCAAACCAAAGGAUGUCAAGGCCACGCCCAGCAAAUCACCUGCUGCCAGCACCAUGGAGAACUUCUUCAAGAAGCAACCGCCGGGAGCUAAGAAGUCGCCACCCGAAAUGGAGGAAAAAACCAAGAAGGAAUCGACCGCUCCUCCCAAAACGGAAUCAUCCAAGAAGAAGUCACCUGCUCCCAGAACAAAACCCUCACCAGCAAACACCUCCGUCCAACUUUUCGACGAAGAAAGCGCCGAAUCCUCCGACGAGGAGGAGAAGCUGGACAAGCUGCGACGCAAUGUUAUAGGAUCAGACAACGAAUCCGAUCAGGAAAAGCCUUCGACCACCAAGCGGCGACGUAUAAGCGAUUCUGAGGACGAGGAGCAGCCGCCCAAGAAAACUGCCGAAAAAGAAGUAGUGACCGUUGACGAUGACAAAAUGGACACGGAGACAGCCAACGAAACGUAUUUGGAUGAGGAUGGAUUUGUUAUCACACAGCGCAAGCCGGCAAAACCGCAACCCGUCAAGAAAAAGGUUUCCCCCAAGACUUCAGCUCCUGUUAAUAAAAAGAAAUCGCCUCCUUCAGCCGGAAAAACUGGAAAAGAUGGGCCCAAAACAAAGCAAGCAGGUAUCAUGAACUUCUUUGCCAAGAAGAAUUAAAUGUUGUUGUUAAGGUUAUAUACUAAGUAAGCAAAUUAAUUUUUUUGUUUUUAAUAAAUUUAAAUAUGAGUUGGAAUGAUAAUGCUCAUUUUUAAAUAUAACUAACUGGUUAAAAAAAGUCUAAAUAGGAGGGAGAUCCUGAUAAGCUUCGAUUAAAAACUAGGCAGCUACUAAUAUAUUAAUACUUAUCAGCUUAUAAGGUAUAUAUAUAAAUUGAAAACUUUUAUUUAACAAAUCUCAAUAUUUAAUAUUUUGGUUUUCGCUAGACCACGAAACCUUUUUAAUACCCACUAAUUA